GUGUGGCUCUGCAUAGCAGACAUGUUUCUCACUGCUAGAUAUUACUCAUUUCCUCAGCCCUUUGCACACACACACACACACACACUCUCACACACACACACACACACACACACACACACACACACACACAUACACACACAUCAGACACAGAGAUACGGAUAGCAGGCUCUCAGUUUUUUCCCUCAGUUUGGUGGGCUCGCUGGUGUUAUUUCAUGCGUACAGAGAUCAGAGGCAGUGUGUAGCUGGAGGCUGCUGAUAUCUGCGGGUGUUGUAACUGGCGGCGGUGCCGUGGAGGAGCAGUGUAGCACAGUGAGGAGCUGAGGAGUGGGCUGACCCUCUGGGAGGACUAGAAUAUGAAUGACUGCCAACACUGGGACGUCUGCUCAGCUCGCACUAAGGUGAGCGCUGGUUUAAUACGACACAACCGACAGUGAUCCGACAGUGAUGCUGUAUAUCAGCCUUCCCCUCUGUCCGUGCCCCUCGUUCUCCCGUGAGGCCCAUGUGACCUAGCCUGCACCCACACAUAGGGGGCCCCCACUGCCGCUGGAGCCCACCCAUGAAUCCCAGCCCUGACCGCGGCAAAGAGUGCCUCCCUCCCAAAAAGAGGGAGUCUCGCCAAGGAUCAGCAGAACAACACGUCCCUCUGGAUGAGUUCAAACCCCCUGUGCCGCUCCGGAUUCGGUCCAGCACGGGGCGAGGAGAGGGAGGCAGGGAGGCCAGUGACAGGGACCGAGUCCUGACUAACCCGAACCCGCACCUCCUGCAUACUCCUCCACCCCUUCCUGCUCCAGCGCCGAGCCUCCCCGUGCCCAUACCGUGGCACCCAAGCUACUCUCCCUCUGUCUCCCUUCCUCUUUUCCCAGGGCAGGUCAGUGAAAGAAGAGGCACAGGUUCUCCUGCUGCUUGGCGAGAUGAUCCUCUAUCCUCGCCUUUGCCCCAUCACUCAAGGUGGCUCAGAGGAGAGGGUCCCCUCUCUCUGCCACCUGCCCCAUCCUCCUCCUCCGCUUCCUCCUUUAAGACUCCCUUCCCAGCCAGUUCUAGAGAGAUGUGGUCCUAUAUCAACAGUGGUCGGCGGGACUACAGCCCCUCUUUCUUUUCCCCCACGUACUUGUUGAGCCACCACACUCUUUACCCCCAAGACCCAGGCUUAUUUGAAGGAAGACACAGGUACCUCGCCAAGAGGCCCAACGGCCUGGACGGACCAGGCAGCAGGACUGUCUCGGCCUCCAGGCCCCUACUUACAGGAGAAUAUGGGAAUGACAGCAGCAGAACCAGGUUGGACAUUAGUCCACACAGCUCCCAUACCAAUGGUGGACGGAGACAGCAGGACGAUCUGUCGUCCCGUGUACAUCCUGGGACUUUUCUGUCAGACUCUCAAGCUCAGGAGGGCCCUGAGCCACAUUCCUCACUGCAGGACCGACAUCUGCAUGGGACUGUUAAGCCCAGCGCCAAUUUACUCUCCCCAAGUCCCCACUCCCUCGGACCAGACUCCAGGACAGGUAGGAUGGGACUACUGGACCACCUUGGGGCCACACCAGCUGAAGCCCAAAUCUGCUACUCCUUGGAUUCGGUGGGCCACACCAGCCCUCAGACCCAGGCAUACCCACUCUACAGCUCCUCAGGAACGUCUCUGUACAACAUGCACAGGGAGCCAGUCGCCAGGCAGCACAGUCUAAGGAACUCCCCACACUCCCCCCUGAGUCUACCCAACAGCCAUGACAGGUCGCAAAGAGACCGGGACAGAGACCAAGAGAGAGACAAGGUCUCACACAAAGACAGGGAGCGGGUGAAAGACAAGGAGAAGCAAAUGCACGACAAAGACCAAGACAGAGACGGUGAGCGCGAGAGAAGGCGGGACCGAGACCGGGACAGAGGGAGAGAGUUGUCUCCUUCGCAUCUUCGCUCCUCAACCCUGGCCCUUCACCCAUCGCCCCCUGCACUCCUACCUCACUUCACCAAGGGUUCCCUGAUCGAGCUGGCCAGCGGUCAGUUGAAGCGCGUGGAAGAGCUGCGGACUGAGGACUUCUUGAGGAGUGCGGAUACCUCUCCAGAGUUCCACCUCAGCACGUGCACAGUGUUGCAGAUUUCCCCCAGCAGCACACAGGGCUUUAGCCACCUGCAGGUCCACCUCAGAGACCGCAACACACAGGAGUUACUGAAGGUCUUGGUGGAGUAUCCAUUCUUUGUGCAGGAUCGAGGCUGGUCUUCUUGCUGUCCCCAGAGAACGGCACAGCUAUACGGUCUACCCUGCCGCCAGCUUGUAGAGGGUGACGUUUGCCUGGCCCUAACUCCCACACCCACCCAAACUCACCGAACACACACACGAACCAGCUCCAGAUCCCAUCGCACGCAUCACUCCUCCAAGGCUGCGCCCGAGUCCAGCAGCUCGCACAGGGAGGAGAUGCCGCCGCCGCCUCCCCCUCCUCCUCUUCCUCACCACCCUCCUUCGACCACGCCAGCCCCUGCGUGCACUCCGGCUGUGGAGCCUGCGGCUCAGCAGCAGGAGCGUCCACGCAAGCGGCGCUGGUCCGCCCCGGACACCCUUCCCCCAACUGGAACUGAUGAAGGCCUCUUGGAUUUACCUCAUGGCUCCAAGCUAAAGAAAUGGCAGUAAAAA